UAAUUGGCCGCGCGCGCUCUCUCCAGUUGUGGCACGAUUCUGCGGCGCGAGCGCAGGAGUUAAAGCGGCACGCGCUUUAAUCCGUUACAAGAAAGUGAGUCAGUCUCACAGAAGGAUUUCAUCCACCGGUGUUAAUUAAUUAGUGAUUAAAAUGCUAAAACUUCAACCGUAAACGAACAGACGUUUGGUGUUCUGUAAACUAACUUGGAACAGUUCUGCCUGAGGGAAAAAUAAAAGUUUGUUUCCAGCCAGAAAGGGCUGUUUGGCUCCCACUGUGAAGACAGUGACCCUGGACCAGCAAAAGGACAUCAGACACCACUGAGAGUACACACAGAAGUCGCCAGAAUGGCUGGUCUCUCAUCAGUCUGGAUGGGAGUGAUGGGGAUGCUGUCACUGUCCUGUCUGCAUGAUGUAAAUUGCACAAAGGAAAGUGUCCCCAGGGUCAAACUUGGCUAUAAAGAACUGAUUCACUCAAGAAGUCUGGUGCCAUUUCUAGGCUCCGGUGAAGGAAUGCAGUUUCAGACAUUCCUGUUAGAUGAAGAGAAGAGCAGAUUGCUUCUAGGGGCCAAAGAUCACAUCUACCUGCUGGACCCCGACAACAUCAAGAGCGCUAAAAAGCUGAGCUGGCCAGCUCCCAGAGACAGGGUGGAUAUGUGUAUCCUGGCUGGUAAAGACCCUCAUACUGAGUGUGCCAAUUUUAUACGCGUUUUGCACAAUUAUAACCGGACUCAUGUCUACACAUGUGGCACCGGAGCCUUUCAUCCUACAUGUGCUUUCCUGGAGGUCAGGGGCCACAAAGAGGUAAAGGGUGGUGGGCUUCACUUGAUCAGCAGCAGUAUGGAGUCAGGCAGGAUGAAAUGCCCUUUCGACCCACGCCAACCUUUUGCUUCAGUACUUACCGAUCAAUACCUAUAUGCUGGAACAGUGUCUGAUUUCCUUGGAAAGGACAGCAUGUUUAGUCGCUCUCUGGGUCCUCCUCCAGACCAGCACUACAUCCGCACAGACAUCUCAGAGGACUACUGGAUCAAUGAGGCCAGGUUUAUAGCUGCUCAUCCUAUCGCAGACACUUACAACCCUGAUGAUGACAAGAUUUACUUUUUCUUCCGCGAGGCAUCCCGGGAAGGGAGCACCACGGACAAAGGCGUGCUGUCCCGUGUAGCCCGUGUCUGUAAAAAUGAUGUAGGUGGUUUGAGAAGUCUGACCAACAAGUGGACAACGUUCCUCAAAGCUCGGCUAGUGUGUUCCAUCCCAGGGACAGAUGGUGUGGAUACACACUUUGAUGAACUCCAGGACAUCUUUAUGGUUUCAACUAGAGAUGAGAAAAACCCCAAAGUGUAUGGAGUCUUCACUACUACCAGUUCUAUCUUUAAAGGAUCAGCAGUGUGUAUGUACAAUAUGGAGGACAUCCGUGCUGUAUUUAAUGGGCCUUAUGCUCAUAAAGAGGGACCAGAUCACCGUUGGGUGGAAUAUGAGGGGAAAAUCCCCUACCCAAGACCUGGCACGUGUCCGAGUCGCACAUAUGACCCACGCAUUAAGACCACCAAAGAUUUCCCAGAUGAUGUCAUUAGUUUUAUCCGUAUGCACCCACUUAUGUACCAGUCUGUGUACCCGAUUACCGGUCGGCCUAUCUUCACGAGGAUCAACACAGAGUAUCGGCUCACGCAGAUCGCCGUAGACCGCGUCUCUGCUGAUGAUGGCCAUUAUGCUGUCAUGUUCCUGGGCACAGAUGCUGGCUCAGUUUUAAAGGUGGUUAGCAUCACACAGGAAAAUUGGGCUGCAGAAGAGGUGGUGCUAGAAGAAUUACAAGUGUUUAAGAAUCCGUCUCCCAUCCUUAGCAUGGAAAUCUCUUCUAAACAGCAGCAGCUGUUUGUUGGAGGGGAAGAUGGUCUAGUGCUGGUGGCUCUGCACAGGUGCCACAUUUACGGCCAGGGCUGUGCUGAAUGCUGCCUGGCCAGAGACCCAUACUGCGCCUGGGACGGCUCGCACUGCUCCAGAUACAUACCUGCAUCCAAGAGGAGGGCUCGCAGACAGGACAUCAAACAUGGAGACCCAUCCAGCCAGUGUUGGGAUGCAGACGAGGGGAAGAAUGUAGAGGAGAAAGUACUGUAUGGUGUGGAGAAUAACUCCUCUUUCCUGGAGUGUCAGCCUAAAUCCCAGCAGGCCAAGAUCCGCUGGUUUAUCCAAAGACCAGGAGCAGACCACCGCCAAGAGAUCAAAGAGGAUGAACGGGUAUUGGUAACAGAGCGAGGAUUGCUAAUUCGCUGGGUGCAGCGUAGCGAUGCUGGUUUGUAUGUGUGCACAGCUCAGGAGCACAGCUUCACUCGUACACUCCUCCACCUCUCGCUGAGAGUCCUGGACCACAGCCACCUUCCUGGGCACCAGUCAGGCUCCAGCGGACCCCCUGAUCACUCAUUUCAGGACAUGACAUCUGAGUUGCGGCACAGUUACAAAGAUUAUGUACGUACUAUGAGUGCACCCUCUCUGGAGGAGUACUGUGAAGUGUUGUGGCAUAAGGAGAAGAAGCAGAGGCAGAAAGCUAAGUGGAAACACGUCCAGGAGCUCCGAAAGAGCAGGAACCGACGGCACCACCAGGGGGCCGCUAUCUAAGUGAACAGUACUCAAAGGUGCAGGUAGGGGAGGGAGGGAUUGAUAUCCAUAGCCUGCAUGUAACCUAUUUCAACUAUUUAAAGGGGUGAAACAAAUCCUCUUAGAAUCACAGCUUUGGCUUUCAUGGUGCAGAAGCAGUAUCUCUACCUAUCAUCAGGAUACACAGACACUCUCAAGUAUGAAAUUGCAAAAUCUACAACAGCUGUGUAAGUGAAGAACAGGUUCUACUUGCAAAACUACAGCUGAAAAGUUCUGCUCAUGUACCUCUCUCGUAAAUUCAUACCAUCUCCAGAGAAACAAGAGGAUUCCUUUUCACAAUGCGAUGUGUAACCAGUAAUGAAAAUGCAUUCAUGUUGAAUGACUGUAAAUAUAUGUUUUGUACAGCAGUUUGUGCAUGCAGUAGAAUCGUUGACGUUUUAAUUGCUUUCAGAUUAUGAUGGUGUUCACACAGAAGGGCAAAUCAAACUAAAUUUGAAAUAAAUCCAUAUAUAGGUAGUAUUUUUACCUCACUACUAACUGGUUCACUCCAGAUCUCAGGUUACAAUCUGUUUAGAGUUUCACAUGUUUCUCCCACAUUCAGAUGGUCUUUCUCAGGUUUCUUCAGGUUUUUUCUAAGAAAAAUGCUGGUAGGUUGAUCGGCAUUGCUAAAUUUCCCAUCAGUAUAUCCAUUUACUGUUAUGGGACCGGCAUCCUGCCCAGGAUGUAUUCCCACCUUGGGUUCCUGGGACAAGCUCCAAAUCUACCAUGAUUGGGGCCAGGAUAAAUUGCUUACAGAAGAUGGAUGACUAAAUGAAACUUGGACUUUGGACUGGUUAAACUGAAGUUUUAAUUCCAUUUGAAACUACCAUACAAACAUAACCUGAGUUUUAUUGGACGAAUAUUCAUAUUUCAUGUGUUUUGCCUUUCAGACUGCAGAACAUAUUCAUGAACAAACCAAAAAAAAUUGACUUGACUCCUGACUCCCUGACUGUCUGAACACAACCUAAGAUGAUAAGCAAUAUAAUAAAGGUUCAAUAGAAAAAAGUAUCAUAUUUCUGUUUAUUUUCAUUGUUGACUUUUAUAGCUAGUUUGUCUAUGGUAUAUGAAGCUAUUUAUAAUUACAACACAGUUGGAAUAAACUCUUUCUUUUAAAGUU